CCAGAAGGUCAAAUGGUGGACCAGGGUGAAUAUACUGAAAUAGCACCAGUACCUCCAUCUCACGCCUCUAAAUCAACUACAAGCGACUACAUGGACUUGAAGCCUGUUCCUCGCACCAACACUGACACAACUACAAGCUGCUACAUGGACUUGAAGCCUAUUCCUCGCACCAACACUGACACAACUACAAGCGACUACAUGGACUUGAAGCCUAUUCCUCGCACCAACACUGACACAACUACAAGUUACUACAUGGACUUGAAGCCUGUUCCUCGCACCAACAAUGACACACCUACAAGCAACUACAUGGACAUGAAGCCGAUUUCUCCCGCCGACAAUGACGAAUACAUCAGUCCUAGUGCUACUCGAAAGUGUCCUGAGGCUGUCUAUGUAAAUAGGGACAUGACUGAAAAAAGUGCGCUGCAAAACAACCCAGACAAUGAAUAUUGUGUUAGUCCUAUUUGAAAGUGUGAUGGGGCGGUAAAUGUGUAUAUAGACGAAAAGGCGUCUAAAAACGAAUCCGGUGAUCCUCAAUAUAUCAAUAUCCUUCCCACAGCACAAGAAGCUAAUGCUAAAACAACCACUAC